CCCAUUUUAAAAAUAGACCAGGCCGUUCGACGUCAGCGGACUCACUGACUCACGUCAAAUAACCGGUCUUAACCUCUCUCGCUAAUUGAUAUGCGCGUCUACCGGCGUUCAGCCUUUGUGAAAGGCUCUCCCCUUUGUACACACUGUUGUUGACUGUUUGUUACAUGAGUGAACAUAUCAAAGUCUGAACUGGUUUUUGAGUCAGUGUAUGUGUCUUGAGACUUUUUUGUGAUCUAAGGCAAGAUGGAAGUUUUUACCCAGACUGUGCUCCUGCUUGCGUGCGUAAUAGGUUCGACCCGCGCUAUCUUUACCAGGAACACUACGGAUCGUUGCUGUCCCGACGCUUGCUGUAAUGGAAUCUUCUUUGGUGGCUUGACUGGAAGUGCUCCCGAGUUUCUAGCCAAAGACUGCCAAGACAUGCGGGAACUCGGUGGUGGCAAAAAUGGUCUGUACACCAUUUAUCCUACCCAUAUCGGAAGCUGUGAUGGAGUUAGGGUGUACUGUGACCAGGCAACAGACGGUGGCGGCUGGACAGUAAUUCAGAGGCGCACGAACGGCUGGUUAGAUUUCCAGCGGGGAUGGGAUGAAUACCGUAAUGGCUUCGGAUUCCUGACGGGCGAAUUCUGGCUUGGACUUGACCACAUCCAUCAUAUUUCCACCCAGACGAGGACUGAACUAACAAUCUACAUGGAGGACUGGCUCAACACCAUUGUCAGGGUCCAUUAUUGGGAUUUCUGGGUGGGAGAUGAGGCUUCCAAUUACACGCUCAGUGUAAAGAACUUUGACAUUGGAAGCGAUGUCCCUGACGGUUUGAAAAUUCAUCACGGGAUGAAGUUUACCACCUUCGAUCGGGACAACGACCGGUUUCUCGGUAACUGCGCCGUGGACUACACCGGGGCUUGGUGGUAUAAUGCCUGCCUGGAGUCGAACCUGAACGGCCAAUAUCUGAGGGGGAACAACCCGUCGGCUUACGGGCAAGGUGUCGUCUGGACUCCAUGGACGGGCUACACGUACUCACUAAAGACUGUAGUCAUGAUGAUCAGGCCCGUGGUAUAAAUGAAACUUUUUACUAUCUUCGUCAACACGCCCUGGGUUUACCGUUGAAUAAAACGUGCAUGCUCUCACAUUAUUAGGAAAUUCUUUCUGAACACGCACACUUUGCAUAACAACAAUGCAAACCUUUGUCAAUAGUUGCAAUAUUGAUUUAUACCCAUGAUUUAGUAGAUAAAGUAAAUACUGACGUCAGUAAAGAAAGAUAAAAACGUUUGUACAAAUGAAAACUAACGCUUUCGUAGAACAUAUUUUUCGUUUGCUCUAAACUGAGUUUUAUCUGUGUUUUAAGUUCUUCUUAAGUGUCAUAUAACUAUGUCAAGGGAAUUGACGAUAUCCAAGUUAAGUCUGACUGAGACUGGAUUUACGAAUCGUUCAUUUGGUCGGCAUAUACCCUUGGUCGUUCAGAUAUUUUACUGCAAGCAUAAUUAUUUGACAUCUUAAAGUAAUCACAACAUUCGCCUUUAUGGUUUUCGUAUUGAAAUAUUUAGAGUUCUGCUUAUUACAGACAUCGAGGUUAGAUCUUACUGGUAAACAACAAAUUGGUUGGGGUUUGAUAAAUUCGAUCGACAUAGAUCCAACACAACAAAAAUAGUGGUUUCUGUUGCAUGUUAUAGCAUAAUCGUAGGGAAGGGAUAGGUAGAAAAACAUUCAAUUUUUAUUUCAAUUUUUUUUUGUCUUGACAAACGAGAUGUAGAGAAAUUAAACUGGAAGAAGAGAGUAAAA